AUGGCAGAGGAGCCGACCACCACACUCUGGCUGGGCAACCUGGACCCCCGCGUCACUCGGCGCCUCCUGUAUGAACUCGGCAUUCAGCAGGCAGGGCCAGUGAUCUCUAUUAGCCUUCCUGUGGCAGUUGACGGCAGCAACCGUGGAUACGGCUUUGUCGAGUUUGAGAGCGUAGAGAGCGCAGCUUUUGCUGUCCGCCUCUUCCGAGGACUGACCCUAUUUGGGCGGCCGGUGCGCACCGAUUUUGGGGGGAAGAAGGCUGGAGGCCCGCAGCAACAGCACGGAGGAAUGGCUGCAGCACCCGUGCAGUAUUAA